GAGAGUGGUGUAGCUGCUCUUUUGGACUUGUUUUUGUUGGGAGUCUUUUUCUCUUGUUCCCUCCUUUUCUUCACCUGUACUGGAGGAGUAUCUACCUAGAGACCAACCUAGUCUGGAGGAGUAUCUAACCUAGAGACCAACCUAGUCUGGAGGAGUAUCUAACCUAGAGACUAACCUAGUCUGGAGGAGUAUCUAACCUAGAGACCAACCUAGUCUGGAGGAGUAUCUACCCUAGAGACCAACCUAGUCUGGAGAAGAAUCUACCCUAGAGACCAACCUAGUCUGGAGAAGAAUCUACCCUAGAGACCAACCUAGUCUGGAGAAGAAUCUACCCUAGAGACCAACCUAGUCUGGAGGAAUAAAUCUACCCUAGAGACUAACCUAGUCUGGAGGAGUAUCUACCUAGAGACCAACCUAGUCUGGAGGAGUAUCUACCCUAGAGACCAACCUAGUCUGGAGGAGUAUCUACCUAGAGACUAACCUAGUCUGGAGGAGUAUCUACCCAGAGACCAACCUAGUCUGGAGGAGUAUCUACCUAGAGACUAACCUAGUCUGGAGGAGUAUCUACAUAGAGACUAACCUAGUCUGGAGGAGUAUCUACCUAGAGACUAACCUAGUCUGGAGGAAUAUCUACCCAGAGACUAACCUAGUCUGGAGGAGUAUCUACCUAGAAACUAAAGACAGUGGAUUGUUCCCUCCUUUUGUCUUUGCUUCUAUACUAGAGGAAUCUCUCACCAGAGACAUGUUAUGGUCUCCUAGACUCUCUCUGUCUAACUUCCAUGUGAAGUUGACAGCCAAAGGAUUGUUCCGGAAUCUCCAACUCCUCUCGGGAUGCAAGAAGACCACGGUGGUGUUCCAUGCAGUGGACAAGAACAAGGCUCGGGGGGCGCCGUUGGCGAGGACCCUCUCCCAGACCAGCACCACUACUCAGGUAGGAGGACCCAGCCAACCCCAGCCGCCCCAACCAGACCUGGUCCCAGUCCCUGCCGUCCCUCUCCCAGUCCAGGGACCAGUGGUCUCGGCAUCCCGCCCGGCCUGGGCUCUGGUGGAGGCUAAGCCGGCCACGGUGGCCCAGUACCGUGCCCAGUGUGAGAAGAAGAACCAGAGCCUUCAGCAGCUCCGACGGCUCCUGGAGCAGGGCAACCGUCGGAUAGAAGCUCUGGCUACCGUGGUGCAGCACCUCUUCACCGAGCGUGAAGAGACAUUGAAGCUGAAGAAAGGACUGUCCCUGGAGCUUUCUACCCUGCGUGAUGAGCUCAUCUCCUCGUCCCAGUGCUGUGAGCGGCUGCAGAAGGAGAAGGAGGAGGUGCGGGUGUCUCUGGAGGAGGCGGUGCGGAGGGUCCAGAGGGAUCACCAGGCUGAGCUGACCGGCCUGGAGGAGAGGCUCAAGGCCUUCUACCAGGCAGAGUGGGACAAGGUGCACCAGGCCUAUCAGGAGGAGGCGGACAAAUGCCGCGCCCUCAUGGAGCAGCAGCUGGAGGAGAUGAGGAGCAGACAGGAGACUCUGAGGAGAAACUCUGAGGCCAGCCACGCUCAGCAGAUGGACACGCUCAGACUGACCUACGACACCGCUGUCCAAGAGCUCAGGAAAACCCUGGAACAGGACUUGGAGAACCUGGACAAAACACUAAAGGAAACAGAGGCCACUCUCACUGAGAAAAUCCAGGACCUCACGUUGGAGAACGAGGCGCUGAGCGAGAAGCUGCGAGCGGAGGAGGAGAGGAGGAGGAUUCUGGCAGAGAAGAACCAGAAGGACUCCCAUGUGUUGUAUCUGGGACAGGAGCUGGAGAGUCUUAAGGUGGUUCUGGAGAUAAAGACCAAACAGCUUCAUCAACAGGACAAGAAACUCAUGCAGAUGGACAAGCUGAUGGAGAGCAACGUGAAGCUGGAGGAGCGUCUGAACAAAGUCCAGCAGGAGAACGAAGACUACAGGGCCCGCAUGGACAAACACACCGCACUCUCCAAGCAGUUAUCCAGUGAGCAGGCCAUGCUGCAGCAGACCCUGCAGAAGGAGUCCAAGGUCAACAAGCGUCUCUCCAUGGAGAAUGAGGAGCUACUGUGGAAGUUGCACAACGGAGACCUGGCCAGCCCCCGCCGCCUCUCACCCUCCUCGCCCUUCCACUCGCCCGGCAACUCGGCUUCCUUCCCCACCGCCGCAGCCCCACUCUCGCCCAGCAGAUAACCCAAACUGGAUACCAAGGGGACAGAGAGAAAGAGAGUGUGUGAGUGUUUGUGUGGAUACCCCCUCCAACACACCCUAGAGACAACCCCCCUCUACAGUACCUUACCUCCUACCCCUUCCAGAUCACCAACCCCAGCCUCUCAAGGAGACAAAGCUAUUCCAAAUACGGAUGGACUACUUCCAAUGAUGACGCUGCAGUUUUGGCUUCUGCCCACAAUGACUUGUACAGACGUUUUCUUUGCUCCCAGAAAGAGAAGACAAUGUUGCACAGAUGCACUUACUUAAAGCGUGGGACAAUUCUGCCUUCGUUCUUUUCUGCCUGAUUUCUCUCACUUUUUUUCCCCUCAGCAGAGAGAAAGAACAGGCAACUUAAACCUCAGGGUUUGUACAUAGCUUCUCAGCUCGUUUUGAUUCUCCUUCUUUUAUUUGUGCAUCGUGUUCCCCGCUCCCCGAAUAACGUUUGUGUGAAAAACCUUGGAUGUAGUUUUGAAAAUGUUAAAAUGGUAUAGGCCAGAGACGGAAGUGGAAGUGAGACAUUCCCUUUUUUUCUGGUUCAUAUACAGUCAAUGAAAAAAAAAUCUAUGGUAAAUGGCCCGAGUGGGGCAUCUUCAUUUAUCCGCCAUCGUUGGUAGAGACUUUUCGGGUGACUUAUUGAAGAGCAGAGCUUUAUCCAACGAGCUUUUGACCCGUUGUAUAAACAGUCUAUCUGGGCGCGGAUAUUCCGUUAAAGUGAACUUUAAUCCCAACCCUUCAUCUCUCUACCGUAAUAAAAGUGUGGAAUGUAUUUACCCAUCUGUGCUGUAUCGCUCAGAAUGUUCCCGAUCCAAAACUCCACAACGUUGUGUUGAGCCAAUGUUCUCUCAAACCUCCCCACGUCUCCAAGAAUGCCUCAAACUGACCAUCAUUUUGUUUCAUUUUAAAAGGUAAAUAAACAAACGAUAAAAAUAAAAAA